UUCUUAGAGGGCAGCAGCGGAGCGUCUCGGGGACGCAUGCGCCCCAAUUUGCGCCCGGGGAAUUAAGAGAGAGAGAGAAAAAAGCCCCACGAAAACACGCGCCCCAAGCCAAACCCAAGCGGAGGCGAGCGUGUGACUGUGCAGCCCCGGGGUCGUGGAGGCGCCUCCGGCCUCGCCCGCGUCCCUAGCCGCGGCGUGAUGCGCACGGACUGGCCCGCGACGCCGGGGCCGCGAUUGUCCCCGCGCCUGGACGCCGGCCCGCCGGCCGCGCCCCGCCGCGCUCGCUCGCCGCUGCGGCUACCUCGGAGCCUCCAGGCGCCGGCGGGGCCCCUUACUCUCCAUGGGGCUGAGGCGCUGGCUGAGGACCGCGUGCGGCUGCUGCCCGUGCCAGUGCCUGGAGGAGCCCGCCGCGCCCGAGAAGGAGCCGCUGGUCAGUGCUAGCAAUCCAUAUCCUUCAUUUGGAGCAACUCUGGCGAGGGAUGAUGAAAAGAACUUGUGGAGUACUCCUCAUGAUGUGUCCCAUACAGAGGCAGACGACGACAGAACCCUGUACAAUUUAAUAGUCGUUCGUAAUCAGCAGGCCAAAGAUUCAGAGGAGUGGCAAAAGCUCACCUGUGACAUCCACGUGCUGCGGCAGAUCCGAAGGGAAGUGAGGAAUAGAUGGAAACGCAUUUUAGAAGAGUUAGGUUUUCAAAAGGAAGCAGACUCUUUGUUGUCAGUGACUAAACUGAGCACCAUCAGUGAUUCUAAAAACACAAGGAAAGCUCGGGAGAUACUGUUAAAACUGGCUGAAGAAACCAAUAUUUUUCCAACUAGCUGGGAGCUCUCGGAGAGAUACCUCUUUGUUGUGGACCGUCUCAUUGCUCUUGAUGCUGCAGAAGAGUUCUUUAAAAUUGCCAGUCGAACUUACCCCAAGAAGCCUGGGGUCCCGUGCCCAGCAGAUGGCCAGAAAGAACUGCACUGCCUUCCAUUGCCAGGUCCCUAAAGGAGAGGCCGGGAGGCAGAAUCGGAAUUCUUCCGCUGGAACUCAGCAGCCAACCAAAGUUGGACAAAUGCUUGGAGAAGAGAGGCAGCAAGUAGAGGGCUAGCUAGAAGAAAAGUGAUCCUGAUCUGCAAAUAUCUAAGGGUUUGGUUAUGUGGUCUUCGUGCGAGUGUAACUCGGUGAGGUGAAGGUUGCAUUGAAACCCUCUGCUGAUCUUGCAUCAGAGCCAGUGGGAUAUUUCAUCGUGAGUGAUUAGAUUCCAAGAACCGAUUGCCCCCAUUUUGGUUUUGGUUGUACAAUAAGCUCUCACCACUAAUCUUAUUGGAAGAAUGGGAUGAUCUAGUUAAUAAAACAAUACAAUUAAUAGAGACAGCCAUCAUCGAGCCCAAAUAUGGAUUACCAAUUUUUAAAUAAUUAUUAGAGGCUAACGCCAAAAUAAUACCAGGCAUUACAUAACCUUUCUUGGAUUUGGAAGAACCUACAGAAUCUUGGAGGUGUCAGAGGCAUCAUUGUAACAGUUAUGAUUAUUCAGGAGUUUAGAUGUGCCAGGAAUAGGAAUGUCUAGAGGUACUGCUCAGAAGUGAGUUCCAAAUGAAGUGAUCCCGAGCAGAAUCUCCUGCAGCCACAUGUAGAAAGCUCUGUUCAGUUGUGGUACAUGCAUCUUAAAUUCCCAACAUUCCUGAUGUCUGAUUACCUCAUUUUUGCAUAUUGUCCAUUUCUACCCCACAAACCCUUGAUAUUUUAUCCAGGAUAGCAUCUGUAAACUGAAACGUUCGCCUUCACUUCCUUCUCUUCCCCUUAAUCUGUUUCUGGUUUAGCAGCCGAGAGUUGUACCUGCUCAGAUUUGCAGACUCGUAGCUCCACAAGCAAUGUUGCAUGAAAGAAGGUAACUGCUGGACUGUCUUCCAUUCCAAACAUGAUUUUCAAAACGGAGCAGUGCUGCCAAUACAACUUGCUUCUGUCCACAGACUGAGAAGUCCAGCUUCAAAAGUUACUUGCUACUUAAGCAAGGAGCUUGCCCAGGAAUCAUGGUUCAUUUUAUUGAAAAGGCUUUCAGAACUUGUAGGGCUUAUCAGUAGGUUCCUGAGAACAACGGCAAUAUUUUUUACUUUUACAGUGCUCUUCUGACUUAAGUUUAAGAAGUAACUUGUUUCUUGUCUGUCCAGUGGAUUAUGACUUGAAAAUGUCCAUAUCCUGACUAGCUCUUUUGGUAGUGUACACAAUAUUCAAAAUAUUUGUUAUUUUGCAGAUCAAUUUAACUGACAUGUUUCAGCAAAAUUCUUCCUAGUUUCAUAAGUAAGUUUUAUUUUUGUAUAUUUAGUGUUUAAUCCCUCUCCUGUUUAAAAUUAGGCUGCAGAUAGUGUCCCUCACCUCUGUGGGCUCUUGCAAGGUAGACACACAAACAGUGAAACAAACAAAAACAAAACAAACUAUAAAAUUAAAAAAUUGAAAAUCAUAGUGUUUCCAUCUCUGUCCUCAGAAUUUGUGUUGUGUCUUUUUGCCUUUUUUGAUGUCAAAAUAGAUGAGGUUGUUUGCAUCUAUGGAGAAAAAAAAUGUAACCAUAGUCUAUUUUUGAUAAGGAAUGAGUCAGGAUAAGAUUGUGUCUAUUACUAUAAAAAACAUGGACUUAUCCAGGAUAUUUUCCUUGCACAGAAUUAAAAGGUUUCUGCAUUUGA